UUAGAAUGAUGGAUCGUGCGCGGAGUUUGUUUAUAUUGGCUUCGCCUUGGGUGAUGAAUACUCGAUAGCGCUGCGGUUUCACUAUCAAGGCUGUAUCAACGAGUGUUACACAACUCACUGGUAUAGUUUUUACCGGAAGGAUUUGUGCAAUUGCGUGUUACACUGUAAGGACAAUCAUGGUGAUGCAUACAAAAAUGACGCUUGACAAUGGACGCGCGUCAGUUUCGGCUCUUUUCCAAAGCCAGUGUGUAUAAAACAAGUGUUCCGGGAAACGGUGACUCAAACGAGAAGGGCAUACAAUACGUAGCAAUUGAUCGUUUGUAAAUUAAAGUAAUAAAAUAGAUUACGAAAAUAAAGUAGCGUUGCAGUUGCGCAAAAGUUAAGCUCUAAGUGUAUGAUAUAUAGGUGAUAUGUGGGUCGUCAGAGCCGUGCUAAGUGUAUACCGAUAAUCGAGCAAACUACUUGUCAUCACCUACAUUCUAAUGCACCGCAGCUGAAAAACGAGAUCACACGCAAGGGGAAAAUUGUUUGAUCGGCAAAAUUUAUUUCGUCGAACCGAUUUGUCUUCGUCAGCCGGAUGUCGCAAGCGUUCGCGGGCGCAGCUUUUAAAGAUAGCGCACCAUCGGAUCCGUCCCAUGUAGCCGUAUCGGCGUAAGUGCGGUAAACUGUGUACACACCAGUUGUGCGGAGGCGACGCCCUCGCGCCUAUUGCGACGGGCCAGCGAGCGGUCCGAUAGUCGAGAUGAGCCACAAAAAAGUGUGGAACUCGAUCUUGAGGCGCAGGAAGAAGAACCGGCUGGUCCUCGAUAACGAGAGCGGCGACAGUUCUGGGAGCGUUUCUCCGUUGCUCAGGAGGGCCUCCCGCACGGCGUCGAAACAGGGCUCUGGAUCGCAACAGCGGCACACCUUCGAUAUCGAACGAAUCGAUCCCGAUCAGCUUCCCAUUCAGCAGAGUGAGUUGAAGUCAUUAUCCUUACCAAGAGGUUUCCUACCCGAAUUAACUGAGCACGUUGAACAAGGUGAGUCACUUCUUUUCCUCUACCUUGGGCUUACUGUCCUAUACGCUGGCAAGAUGACGAAUAACCAGUCGAGCAGAGAAAUCGGCAGAAAGUGUCGUUUAUUAUAAAUGCAGUGAUAUCAAGCAAACCAUAAAAGUGGUGAUAAAAUACGCUAAAGAUACUUACAGAGCGUGAAAAAAAAUGUAACUUUUAUCGGUGCGUGGUUGACGAUCUCUCAAGAGGAAAAAAAAAACAAAACAGAGCAGGUAUUGCAAAUCAGGAGGAAAACCAUCAUAUUCCAAAGAGACGAAAAAGGAGAGGA